UUUGUUUUCUUCUCAAUUGCUUCUCCCUUGUUCACGAGCACAAAAAAUCUUCUACGCCAUCGGUGAUUCAGAUUAAUUUAGUAAAAUUUAAGCCCAAUUUAACCUCCGGUUUCUCUUCCUUUCUCUUCGGUUCUUCCGGCUUGGUAAGGAUUUUUUCUCCCUUUCUUUUCUCCUCUUAUAUUGUCUAUCCUUUUGUAUUUUUCUACAUUUCUUGAUCUCCUAGCCGUUGACCCCCAAUUUGAUCUUUUCUUUGUUUGCGAUAUGUUUCGGCUCUGAUUUUCAGAAUUUGUUUCUGGGUUUCCUAUACUGAAGUUUCAGCAUUCGUCUUGUAGUGUUUUUUGAUCAUCUAUGUUGUAAUUAGAUGGUCAUUAACAAUGAAAAAAAAAUGUCUAAUUUCUUGUGAGCUUCUAUUUUGAACUCCCCUAAAAUCCAAAUCAGUUAUUGAAAUAUAAGUGUAGAAAAACAACGGGGGAAAAAUGUCGUCUGCUGGUGUUGCUGUCAGUCCAAUUCACAAUGGUUCUGUACUUCAUUCUGAUUAUGUCAAUGCCCAACUACUCCCCUGCUCUGAUGAGUUCAUCUUGAUAUAUCUCUCUGUUGGGGGGUCUAUGAUUCCAAUGCGUGUUUUAGAGUCUGAUUCAAUUGAAUCUGUGAAACUACGGAUUCAGUCCUGUAAAGGGUUUGUUGUGAAGAACCAAAAACUGGUCUGUGCGGGCCGAGAACUAUCAAGGAGCAAUUCCCUUAUCCGUGACUAUGGUGUCACUGAUGGGAAUGUUCUGCAUUUGGUUCUCAGGCUUUCCGAUCUUCAGGUUAUAAAGGUUAAAACUAUUAGUGGAAAAGAAUAUACCUUUAUUGUGGAGCGAGGGAGACAUGUUGGGUAUGUGAAACAACAGGUUGCAAAGAAGGAGAGGGAGUUUGAUGACCUUGAUCAGCAAGAGGUUGUUUGUGAUGGUGAACCGCUUGACGAUCAAAGGCUUAUUGAUGACAUCUGUAAAUAUAAUAAUGAUACUGUGGUUCAUUUUUUGGUGAGGAAAUCUGCAAAGGUUCGGACGAGGCCUGUGGAGAAGAAUUUAGAAUUGUCUAUUGUGGCACCACAGUUGAAUGAUGAAGAGAAUGUCAGAAGACAAUAUGUUGUUGGUGAAGGGAAUGAUGGGAGAAGUUAUGAAGUUACUGUACCAAGAAAGCCUUCUGAUAGAGAUUUACUAUUGGAACCUAUUGUUGUUAAUCCCAAAAUUGAAUUGCCCUCUGUGAUUUGGAAUAUGGUAAAUGCUACCUUUGAUGGAUUGGAGGGUGGAAAUAGUCCAAUCAGAUCUAUGGAGGGUACUGGCGGUGCUUAUUUCAUGCAGGAUUCUUCUGGACAGAAGUUUGUUUCUGUUUUCAAACCGAUUGAUGAGGAACCAAUGGCUGUGAACAACCCUCGUGGGCUGCCAUUGUCUGCUGACGAGGAAGGGUUAAAGAAAGGUACAAGAGUUGGAGAAGGAGCUUUUAGGGAAGUUGCAGCUUAUAUUUUGGAUCAUCCAGAGAGAGGACGCCGAUCUUUGUUUGGUGAUGAGAAAGGCUUUGCUGGGGUUCCACCUACAGUUAUGAUCAAGUGUUUUCAUAAAGGGUUUAACCAUCCAGAGGAUGUGGCUGUCAAGAUUGGCUCCUUGCAGAUGUUCGUGGACAACAAUGGAAGUUGUGAAGAUAUGGGUCAUGGGGCUUUUCCAGUGAAGGAAGUUCAUAAAAUCGCUGUGUUGGAUAUAAGAAUGGCAAAUGCAGAUAGGCAUGCUGGGAAUAUAUUGUUGAGCAAAGAUGCAGAAGAUGGACAGACUGUGCUGAUUCCAAUAGAUCAUGGAUACUGCCUCCCUGAAAGUUUUGAGGAUUGCACAUUUGAUUGGCUCUAUUGGCCUCAAGCUCGUCAUCCUUUUGACUCUAGUACUGUUGACUAUAUAAAAUCAUUGGAUGCUGAAGAGGAUAUUGCUCUUCUCAAGUUCCAUGGAUGGGACAUGCCAGUAGAAUGUGCAUACACACUUCGCAUCUCCACCAUGCUUCUGAAGAAGGGGGUGGAGAUGGGGCUCACACCUUUUGCUAUUGGAAGAAUAAUGUGCAGAGAGACCUUGAAGAAGGUAUCUGUUAUUGAGGAGAUUGUCCAUGAAGCACAGGAUUCUGUUCUUCCUGGCACAGGCGAAGUUGCAUUCCUUGAAACUGUAUCGCACAUCAUGGAUCGUCGCCUUGAUGAGAUUGCCAGAUCUCUAUCUUGAUGGACUGCUAAAUUUUGUGGAUAACAUGUUUAUAAAUGUGUACAUGCACAUUCGUUAUCGUACAUGUGCAUUUGUGGCAGGGAUGCUCAAUUGUUCCUAUAGUUUGUUUGCAUCUGAUUUCCUAUUCUUUCAUAUGAUUAUUGGUAGAUUUUUUUUUAAUUUGAUGGAACUUGGAACCUAGUCUUUUUAUCAUGAAUGUGGUUGGCUUCUAAA